AUGGACUCGGGAGACCAAGUGAAUGCAGUCAGGGUGAGUAUCCGAAAAUAUUUGUCAUCAAUUUUUAUUUUUCGAAGUUUAGAUUCGCUCCUCGAAUUAUUUGUUUGGAAACUACGAAUUCUCAGUCACGGACGAAGCAAAUGAAAUUACCCAGAAGUUUUUGACCUUGAUGGUCAGAGGAGGUACGAAUGGCGACUGUUCUUUAAUAUUAUCCUUUAAACACAUCUGUCGAGUCGACUUUUUGGACAAUUCGGAAGGGAAGGGUGCUGGCCUUGUCGUCUACGUGAAUGAGUAUAUGGCCAAAAUAUUGAGCAACAGGCUGGCACUGGAUGGAAAUGCUUUUCUCAAUUACAGGCUGCCGAAUGGGCCCGAAUAUAGGUAAUAAUUGGGAUUUUUUAUAUUGUACUAGGUUCAAAAUAUCGCAAAUAUUCAUUUUUUCAGUUUUAUUGUGCUGGAUGUGAUCAACAGUGAUCCUCAGACGAUAAAGGCUCUGAGUGACGUUCUUUAUCAGGCCGAAGCAUACCACAGAGAAUACGUGGAAGAAAGGUUCAAGAAGAAUGGCAAAGAAAUAUCUGUUCCAUUAAAGUUUCUGAGUAAGUCUAAGAUUCUGUUUUCGAAAUUUGGCUUUAGAUCUCGUAAGUUUUGAAGAUUGGAGAAGAACCUUGGCGUAUUUACACAAAGACUUUGUUAUUGAAGAUGUUACCAUGGUCAACUCAAACCACGAAGAAGUCCGGUUUUUUUCCGGGCACUUUGAAAACAUUGUUCCGCCGGAAAGUAAGUCGGCCAUCAGUAAAUUUGGUACUAAAUUAGUUCGUGAAAUUUUAGAAUUCGAUCGACGGAAACAUCGAACUUUCAAUAUGGGAGCAAUCGAACCAAAAGUAAAUUUUUCAUUCUUUAUUUUAUUCUUGUGCUUUAGGUCCCCAGAUUAAGUCAGGCAGUAGCAGAAGUGCAUAUUCUGGAUGAUGAGGAGACAGCCUCUACACCAUCUAGCCAUCAGGUCGUUGCAGUUUACGAACCAAUUCCCAGCUUUAAAUUGACAAUCUACGAGAAUGACCUUUUAACCUUAAAUAAUACCAUCAUGUUGAAUGACAGUAUUAUCGACUUCUACUUGAACUACAUUUACUACCAUAUGCUGACUCCAGAAGUGUGAGUUUUUUACUCUUAUAUUGUAGUAGACCCCCAGAUGAAUAAUUGUCAUCAUUUUUUAGACGGGACCGGGUUUUCAUCUUCAAUUCUUUCUUCUACAGCAAACUUGGAAAAGGAGUUAUAUUUUCAAGCGGUUCCAGAUUUCCCAGGCCAAGGCCGAAAAGAGUAAGGUUUGAACUUUUUCUUGAUCUAUAUUGUAUAUCGUUUUAGCUUCAAGAAAAUUACAAUUCACUUAAAAGUUGGACGAAAAAUGUAAAUAUUUUUGAAAAGGAUUAUGUAGUCGUCCCAAUCAACGAAGAUGCGCAUUGGUAAGUGUACUUGGUGAGAGUUUCAUCUUGUUUUAGGUAUCUGGCAGUUAUUGUAAACCCUCGGGCUGGAAUUGUCUUGAAAGAAGAUACAGCCCCCACUGUAAUUGAAGUUCCAAAACCAAGUGGAGCUCAUGCGGAUGUGCCGGUGUUUAUAUUCGACUCUCUGAUGGAUGCAAACGAUGUGAAACGACAUCAGAAAGUAGUGGAGUUCCUCUCUCAUUAUGUUAGCAUGGAGUUCAAAGAAAAGAAGGAGGAACUCAGUCUUCCUGGCUGUGGUUAUCGACAACAGGCAUUCCAAUUACAUGUUCCCAACAAUAUGCCUCAACAGACAAACCAUUACGACUGCGGAAUGUUCUUGUUAGUUUUUGCGGAGGCUUUUUUGAGAAGAUCUCCCAAGGUGAGUAAUGGAGAAGAUAAAAGGUCCAGAUUUCUAGGUAUUCUUUUGAUAUUGAUUUUUCAGAUUGGGGAAUUCACGAAGAGCACUGAUUUCAUGGACUUGUUUGGCCAAAUCAACCUGAGAGGAAAGAGACAGCAGAUCAAAAAGAUCAUCCAGGACCUGGCCUUAUCAAAUCAAGAAAACGCGACCAAGAAAGAGCCUUCCCCGCCAGAAAAUAAGAAGGAAAACAACGAAAAUGGGACGGCAUCCCCAGUCAAUGAUUCGGAAUCCCUCAGCAUGCAUACAGACAUAACCAACGCCCCCUCUACACCUUCAUUGGUCUCACAAUCUUCUGUUUAA